UACUUCCACUUAAUUCUAUUGAACAUAUGUAAUGCUGAGGCAAUUUGAGAAAUUUAGUAUUAAAAAGAAACGUGUACCGUGUACAACUGUCCAGCAGACAGAGCUCUUGCAGUGUGUCAAAUGCCUUGAAAAGGUGAUUCAAUUUCGGGCAAUCGUCUCAAAAGUGGUUCAUUGUUUCGGAAAGCCUCGGUUUCUCCAUCCCUAAGUGCAAAGUACAAGGUGCACAACCAUGACGUGGUUGUUACAUCCAUGGACAUGAAAUCGAAAUGUUGCUAGCUUUCCUAUUUGUGUGAAAGCAAAGUGAAAGUAAAUUCUUUUAUGGCUUAUUGCCAAGUUUCAUUUCCAAGGUAAUAGUAAACCAGGAAGCUUUAAAGCUGCUCACAGACAACACAGCUCAGAUGCGAGGAGAGCCAACUAUUGAAGGAUGAAGCUGUCAGGAGGACUCGUGCUUUGCUUCGCUGCUCUGUUUCUUUCCCUCACCCCUGUCCAUGGUAUUAAGCGGCUGCACACAAUCAACGAUCUGAAAAACGUGGACUUUGGCAGAUCUGUGCCCAAACACAGCUUACUUCUCCUCCACUGGUUUGCCAACACAAUUGACAUUGACAACAAUGAUGUCAUGCGACUGACUUUUGACCCAAACCUUGGAACUUACGGGUCACAUCACUACGGCAACUACGAGAGAAUUCUGGACCCUCUCCCUCAUGGGAAUAUCAGAUACCGUUAUUACACUGUUGGUAAUCUCAACCGAGGCCAAGUCGAUCUUCCCGUUUAUGUCCUGCAUCCACCACGUGAAGAGUUUAGGGGAAGAAACCGGGACAGGAUCAUAUUCCGAGUGAGGGAGCAAACCACAGGAUGGAGCGCUGGAGAGACGAUAGAUGAAGUCUACAUCACGCAGCAUUUCGAAAAUUCAAAUGAGGGGACGCGUUACGAUCCCGCCCAUACAUACCGGAUCACGACCAACCUCCUAAGGCAAAUCAGAGAGUUUUCAGUGGAAGAAAACCAAAGAAAUUCAUUGAUGGAGCUCAGAGACGACUUUGGAAGCAACAUAAGCGAUUCACACCUACAGAACCUCUUAGCCGUAUGGCGUGAACUUGCUUGCCUUGGACUGCUGUUGUUCAUGAUCCUGGAGGAAAAAUACAACCAAAACAACAAACCUCGACCUGCGGAUAGAAGGACACCGCCUCAUUGUGCCAUCAACGUUCCAGAGGAAAUACAAAAUCACUACAGUCCUCUGCAAAGCCUAAGAGGUGUAUUUGCUCAGGAUCAGAUUCAUCUUGAAGUGACCACUGGGCCUAAUGGAAAAGCUUUGAUCCAUUGGCGAGAUGUUCCUGAAGAUCGCCUUAACCAACAAGUGAUGGUGGUACUGUAUAAAGACAACAGUUCCCAAGAAGCAUUGUAUUCUAAGGUCAUCAAGACCAGUGACGGCCAUGUCAACACCUCCGUACUACUGAAUCCUGGCCUACAGGCCCGGCUCCAUAAGACAAGGGUAAAGUACUGUUUCUGGACAGUAGCGGCUGAAGAGAUAUGCAGAGGAAGGGAGUUUGAAAAUCCAGAUAAAGUCAGACUACAGGACUAUGAUAUGUACUUACAACUAUUUGUAAAAGAUGGUAAGGCUGGUGCACGCUUAUUUGUGGACAAGACGUUCACAUACUGGAGGUCACAGUUCAACAAGUCCUGGGUGGGGUUCUACGAAAAUGAACAUAAAACCACUCAAGAAUAUGAAUGGUGGCAGUGGCAAUGGGCCACAAAGUUUCAACCAGCUUCCACAACCGUUGACCACUUCCAUGAUGUUUAUGAGUAUCACUCAGGCAUGACGAUCACCCCUGGAGUCCAAGCAAGAUUCAUUCUCAGGAAUUAUAGUGUUUUGGCUCGAACACCAAGCUGGAGGUGAUGACAAAUUCCAUACAUCAUUUUAUGGAAGUCAGACAAUGGCACAAAAAAAAUCAAAUCAAAUUUCCCCCCCCCAUUUUUUUUUUUUUUUUUUAAAUUCAUUUAAUUGUAAUUAAAACAAAACCAAAAAAAAGCUCCUUGGCUUGGACCCACGGAUCAUCACUUAAAGGGGGGAAUAAACUAAUUGGACUAAGACCCUCAAUUUGAUGUGGGGGGACACUGCUGGGCAGCUUUCUCCAUUAUGCCACUAAAUUUUGGUAUGCAUUUGCCUUAAUUUUGUGCAUUUAUACUGUAUAUAUUGUACAAAGUAGAAAAUAAAAUAGAAUAAAAUGUUUAAAUUGCGCAGUAUACAUUUCAAAAGGAGAAAGCUAUGCUUUGAAAAUGCUAUUUUAAAAAUGCCUUGAAGUAGAGUUGACGGCGAUAGACGUCUAAUCAAUUUGAACUGGAAUGAUUGUUCAUUCUCUGCCAGCCCUAAAAUGAACUGGAUGUCUAGUAGUGACAAACUAAUUCAAAUUCACAGCAGAAGGAUGAAAAGAGACAUGAUUGGACGUCUAUCAUCGUCAGUGGCAUUAAGUUUGUUCCAUAAACACUCAAUUCACAUUAACUUGCAUCUCAAAUCAGCUUUCCCUAUAGGAAGUAUGUAUUUUUUCCCAUUGAGUUGUGGAACACAACAAAAAUAAUAAGCUUCAGAGUCACUGAAACUGCAACGAAUCACUGCAGGUAGUCUCAUGACACUAAAGUUAGACAUGCAGAAAUUUUUUAGUCAUUCAUUUCGUUACUUUUGAAAUGCUGAUAAUAGUCAUUAGUAAAUGAAACAAUCAAAUAUGUUAAUGCAUGUGGUUGACCCUAAUUAAUAUAACAUCAACAAGAAGCCUUUAUUCAGCUGCUUGUACAGUACUUUGCAUGUCAAAUUGAAUAUUAUAAGCGAGGCCAUUCCCAUCCCUUGUGACAGGCUCUAAUAGUUCUAAAUAUCCUGGGCAAGCCAGCACAAGACCCACAAAGUCAUGAGACAAUGAGUCAUCAUUAAUUUAGCUGCAAUAACCCAGUUAUGAAAGUCAUUGGCUUGAAAAACAACAGGGAAUAAAGACAUCUAGGGCUUUUGUUGUUUUUUUUUUUGUUUGUUUGUUUGUUUUGUUCAGCCAAUAGGCCUUGUUUAAACAAGUUUUGUAUGACUGAACAUUCUACUUCAUUGUCUCAACAAUCAAAAGAAGUACGUACUGGUACUAUAAACUGGUUCUGUUUUGCGUUGUGUAUUUACGAAUGUAUCUGAAUAAAAAGAUGCUCCCUAGUCUUAUCUUGGUAAAUGGAUUAUCAUCAGGCAUUGCCAUAAAUACUGUAUUUUUCAGACUAUAACUCGCACCUGAGCAUAAGUUGCACCAGCCAUAAAAUGCCCAACGAAGAGGAAAAAUAAGUCGCACCGGAGUACAAGUCGCAUUUUUGGGGGAAAUUUACUUGAUAAAAUCCAACUCAUAGGACGGAUAUGUCAUCUUAAAAGGCAAUUUAAAAUAAAAAUACAAUAGAGAACAACAUGCUGAAGAAGUAUAGAGUAUGAUAAUGUUACAUGAUGCAUGAACAACGAAAUGUCAAUGUGGCCGGUAUGUUAACGUAACACAGCUAUCAAGAGUUAUUCAGAUAACUAUAGCAUAAAGAACAUGCUAACAAGUUUACCGAACCAUCAGUGUCACUCCAAAACUCCAAAAUAACAUGUCAAAUGAUAUAAUAAUGAGUUAAUAAUUUCCCACAUAAGUCGCUCCACAGUAUAAGACGCACCCCCAGCCAAACUAUGCAAAAAAAAAAAAAAAACUGACUUAUAGUCGGAAAAAUACAGUAAGUAGAAUGUAAUCGUGCAAAGAGUCACUAUGUUCAUACCACUCACGUACACAUGAUUAUAAAAAAUAGCAACACCCCUGUUCAAUAGCAGGUUAUACAACAGAAAAUGAGUGAGGCAUGUGUGUUCUUACUCCAGUCUGACCCGAUUAUUUUUCUACUUUAUCUUUUUGUUAAUUGAGUGACACAGGUUGUUGGUCACAGUGAAAUAAAGUUUUGAAAUGAUUUCUGACAUUUUAUUUCAACUAAUUGGCUGCCAUUGACGGUGAUAGACGUCUGUCCAAUUAGACUGGACGUCUCACUGUCAAUGACAGUGAAUCAUGAUUACUCAAUGCCAGUCAUCCAAGUGGAAAUUGAUUGAUACCACCACUGUCAAUGGCAGUAAAAAAGGUUAAAGGAAAAGACAAGAGAAUAAAUGACCAUGUGGAAGAUGGUGUCUCACAGAAUCUAAAUAUGCAAAUCACUAAAUUCGUAGAACUAUAACCUAAUGGAGAAAAACGGCAUAUAGAGAAUGCAUAACAAUCUUGACGUCAGUCGCAUAUAGUCAUGCGCGUACAUCAUAUGUUUGCUGAAUGGGGUUGGGCAUCGUUUGAAAUUGAUUCCAAUUCAGAUUCCAAUUCCACGUUUCGAUUCCGGUUCUGAACGAUUCUCGAUUCAGAUUCUUUUAAGAGGCAGGAUCAAAAGAGGCAGGGUAAAUAAAAUUGCAGUUUAUAUUACUGUCUUCUUGAUGACUUUUUUUUUUUUUUUUUUUUUUUUUUAAAUUAUAUGAACUUCUCACAGACACAUGCAAUGUUUGUGUUGUGACAAUACCAGUUAGGCCACUGAGUGGCGCUGUAGGAGUGUAUACAUGUAAUGAGGCCAUGAAGCCGGAGGCAUUUAAUCAUAUUGGUCGUGUAGCCACCUUUGCAUGAAAAAAAAAAUACAUUUUAUAUAUAAAUAUAUACAUAGUUAUAUACUUUUGUUGAAAAUGGUGCAUUGAGCUGACUGGUCUUUUUUUUGUAAAGUUGAGCCAAAUUUUUCAGCGCCUCCGCACCAUGUCAAUGGUUGUAAUAAAGGUACAAUGCACUCACACACGCUUCAUGUGUCUUUUUUUUUUCUCGUUUUUUCGGCAGCAAUUUUUUUCCCGCUCGGCGGUCAGAGCAUCGAAACAUGGAAUCGAAAUUUAAAAAUUCGAACUGUUCCAGGAGUGUUAGUCACAGUUCCCAUCGAUGCUUGAGGCCCAACCCUAUUGCUGAUACUAGAGGUGUGCAAAAUUUCCGAUUCUUAGAUUAUUCGCGAUUCGGCCGUGGAAGAUUUGAGAACGAUUCACAAACAUCCGAAUUCCGAUUAUUGAAAUAUGCCAAGUAAAGCAGAAGUAGGACACACUCAGCGCGCCGCGCGGUCUUCGGUACACAAUUAGGGACGGAGCGAGAGUAGCUAAACAUCAUGCUUCUCAUUACCCGGCCCCUCGGGUAACGCCAAUGCUCAACUCACGGCUCUAGCUCAACUUAUGCCACGAGGUAAAAAAAAAAAACAACAACAUACCUGACUGCUGCCGAAAAGCUGCUACAAGCCACAUUAUGUUACGGUAGAUAUCAUUUAUAUAGGACUAGAUGCAUUAUAGCUUCGGUAUCGUUACCGGCACAUCUACAAAAAACUAGAUGAGGGCGUUAGUAACGGCCGCCAUCUUAAAGCAGUACACUUCCCUGCAAGGCUGUUGUUGCGAACCUUCCAAGCGAACCUAAUUAACUUUUUAUCUAAAAUACUCCUAAAGAGGUAAAAUAUUGACUUGAAUCUAUCUUUAAAAUAGUUUUAAAACUUUUACAUGUUGAAAGUAGACAAAAGAGAAAUUAUGGAAUAACAGGAGCAAUUUUAACAACUUUAACGGUUGAUUCACAACAUUAAAUUAAUUGAAAGUAGUUUAAAGCUGCUGAUAUAGAAUGGGGACUGGAGUUUUUUUAUUUACUGUUAUUUUUGUAUAUUUGUUUACUGCUAUAUGUUAACUUGAUAUUGAAAUAGUAGUUUGGUUUAGCCUGAGAGGAUUUUUGAACAAUUUUGGAACUAAUGUACAAAACAAAUUUAAAAAAAAAAAAAAAAAAGGAGUGGGGUGCAUCAAUAAUCGUUUUAUAAUCGAAUCGGAGCCUCUGAAUCGUAAUCGUAAUCGAAUCGUUAGGUGCCCAAAGAUUCCCAGCUCUAGCUGAUACACUUGAAAAAGGUCAAAAGUAGCUAGGGAAAUUGACACAAUAUUUGUAGUUUGUGUAUCUGUGCAAUAUGUCUCCGUUACCAUUUCUAUGCCUGAGUCAGAGUCGAAGCCUGCUCCACUUACUCAGGCCAGUAAAGCGUGAAUAGGCCAUUGAUAGCAUAUUGCAAAAUGUGUAGCAAAUAUUUGACUAGCAUACAGAACAAUUUGAUAUGUGAACAAUUUAUUGCUUAAACUAGUUCUGGCAUUUAAAAUUGUCUGACAACAGCUAUUUUGCCUACUUCCAGGAAAUAUUGACUAUUUGUUUUUUUUCCACGACUACAAAUCAGAAAAUUAAAAUUCCAUGUCUUUUUACUUUAUUAAAGAAUUUCAUUGCAGCUGAUCAAGACCUUGUCUUAAAUAGUAAAUAGUUCUCUAAAUAGUAUCUUAUCAGACCAAUCAGAACCACACAAACCAAGGUGAUGACAGUAGUGGACCAAAAUGUGCAAAGUCAGAUAUUAUCGCCAGUAACGUAAGAUCACUUCCUCUGGAGGUAUGCAAAAAAAUAUAUUUAGCUACUUAUCAGUGACCACCAAAGAUCAAACAUCUGAUUGCCCACAGUGUUGUUUUUGGCAGCAAGUUUAAUUUGUGUCUUAGUCUUUUGGAUGAAAAUACUUAUUAGUCUUAAGUCUUAUUUUAGUCAUUUCAAAAUGUGUCAAACUUAGUCUAGUUUUAGUUGACGAAAUCUCAUACAAAUUUUGUACAGUUUUAGUCAACGGUUACUUAAAAUGUUUUCGUCUGCUAAAUUCCAAAGUUAUUAGUGAAAAAAUAAUUUAAAAAAGAGGUUUCCAACAAUUCCGAAUGGACGUAGACAGACGAGCACAUACUGUAGCAUCUACAAGGACAACGCCAACAAAAGCAGAGUGUUAUUUUCAAUUAAACCCACCAACAAGCCACGAACUGUAUGUAAAAAAAAAAAAAAAAAAAAAAGUUGUCCGAGUGUUUAAGAGGAUGCUUGCUACGCUAAAGUUGAUGCUAAUUCUAACACAAAUGCUAUUCUAAAACGACAAGUUACAUUAACUGUGUUAUAAUCACUCAGCCCAGACCUUUAAAGGCUAAAGCAACAUUGCAUAUUCUCUCUUGCCAAGAUGAAAAAAACAAACCUUAUGUGUGUCCAAACAAGCCUAGCUUGAAAUGCAUCCUAAACUCCGGUGAGGAGAGUGAGGGAGAGGCGCGGCACAUCUCACAUGAGUGACAAAACCCAAACACUUCUAUGAUACAAGCUGAUAUACUCCACAUACAAUAUGAAAAUGUCACACAUUGUUAACAUAUGGCAGAAACUAUGUCGCAUUUCCGUCUCGUUGUCGUCUCUUCGAAAAAUGGCAUUCAUCUCGUUGUGUUAUAUUCUACCAAGCCACAUUUUUAGUCUGUCAUCACGAAAAUAUUGUCGACAAAAUACAUUCGUUACUUGUUGACGAAAAUAGGGCUGCAGCUAUCGAUUAUUUUAGUAGUCGAUUAAUCGAUGAACUAGUAAGUUCGAAUAAUCGAUUAAUUGGAUAAGGAACAUAAAUUAAAAUACCUCAGCUGAGGCUCACACGGUAUAGAAAAUAAAUAAGAAUCUAGGUACAACAAAAGAACAAUUGUCUAACUUAUAUAGUAAAAGUCCACUAGCUUAAAUGCUAUAAAAUACUAACGAUUUUUUUUUUUUUAAAUACAAAGCUCUAAACAAAUGGUUCAGACACGUAUUCCCACAAAAAUUGGCUAAAUAUACCAUUAAACUAAAUUACAAAUGCAUCAAUACAUAAAGCAUUAGCUCAAACAAAACCUCAGCUUAUGUUGGUCUUAACAGUGAGCAGAUGGAUUCAGCCAUGAGACUUAGGAAGACUAGAGGGCAGUGUAUCCACCCAAAUCAAUAAAAUUAAGGGCAAACAUUUUUAAAACUAUUACAACGCCACUUUAAACGAAUACUCGAAGCAGCAAAAUUUAAUCCGAAAUUUUUUUUCUAAUCGAAUACUCGAGUUAAUUAAUCGUUGCAGCACUAGACAAAAACAACACUGAUUGUCAAAGCAUCUUUUUUCUUCCUUCAAACAUCAGAGGUAACUAAACUCAUGAUUUGAACGUGACCCAGGUAAAACGUCAUCAAAGAACAAAUAAAAUAGUAUUGCUCAGGUUCUGUUAAAAAAGGUAUUCAUUUGCAAACAUCUUAUUGAAAUACCUGUAUGCACUGGUUCACUACAAACUAGGAGCGGGAACCUCUUGGUACCUCACGAUACGAUACGCGAUCCAAAGCUCACGAUAACGAUCUGACGAUACAAUGAUUAUCGAUACAUUGGUCAGGAAAUCAUUCUAGGAUUUUCUACAAACAACUAAUAAACAGAAAAACAAGCUUCUGCUAUGAAUUUGAAUGAGUUUAUCACUAGCAGACGUCCAAUCCAUUUGAGCUGGGAGGGUAGCAGCGAAUGAACAUUCGUUCAGUACAGUAAUUGCUGUACUAUUUUGUUUUCUACUUGUGCACAGGAACUCUCACAAACACUCUUUUCCCAGUUCAUUUUCAUUUUCCCUUCUAUGACAAAAUGCUUUCUUUCACUCCUCCUGCACAACUUAGCGGGAAGUAAGAUUAGCUGAAGUUCCUCUUUUUAUUUUCACUCAUAUUUCACCCACAUAGCCGUGUUUCAAAUACUAAGCAGAUCUAUGUAUUGGCUAGGCCAACUCUGUUAUCCUAUUUGCUUAAUAGACAGAAAGGAACAAUGGCUAACAGUGUAAACUGGAGGCGUUAAGAAUGUUUUAUGGCUUCCAGAUUUGGAAUGCAUCACCUCCUGGCCACAAAACAGCUAGUGAGCUACAGCUGUCUCCAGAUAGCCACACAAGGAUGAGUCAUUCAAAAAGAGCAACAGAAUAGAAACUGUACAAAUAGGAUCAAAAUCUCUUACUAAAUGCAUACAUACUAGUCCUGCUCCUGAGAAUGCAACCUUCGCCAAUAAAUUAAGAGGAAUUUAAGUAUUGGUAAUACCUGCUGGCAACAAUGAAGAGACGAGCAUGAAAGUGCGAAUUUUGUCCAGAUGGUGGUGCUAAAAGACAGGUGAAAUGUUGACCAAAAUUGCAAUUUUUACCUCCAAUACAGUGACUAUGGCAGAUUGAUAUUCAAAAUUUCAACUCCUCAGCUCUUCAAGUAAAACCAUAAUGACCAAAAUUAAAAUAUAGUAAGGGAAGCCUUAGUGUUCAACUACAACUCAAACAACAAUAUGUAGGCUAUAGUUUUUUCCCCCAAGUUACGUCUCAAACAGAUAAAAGCUAAAUUAGUCAACUAGUGCUGCAACGAUUAAUCGAUUAACUCGAGUAUUCAAUUAGAAAAAAAAAAAAAAAAAAAAUCGAAAUAAAUUUUCCUGCUUUGAGUAUUUAAUUAAAAUGGUGUCAGAAUGGUUUAUUUUGAAAGGGUUUGCAUUUAGUGUUAUUAAUUUGGGUGGCAACAUUUGCCCUCUAGACUGGCUGCUUCGUGUUAAGACCAACAUAGGUUAUUGUUUGAGCUAAUGUUUUUUUUUUUUUUUUCCAAUGCAUUUGUAAUUUAGUUAGGUAGGAAUAGGUAUGUUUAGCUGUUUUUGUGGGAAUAUGUCUGAACCAUUUGUUAAGAGCAUUGUAAAAAAACAACAAAAAAAAGUUAGCGUUUUAUAGCAUUUAAGCUAGCGGACUAUAGACCCUACCCACCGACGUCACAAAAUCACAUGCUCGCUGUAUGGUUCCGCCCACUUGUCCGUCAUUUUGUGUCUGUAUUAUCAAUGGUCUCAAUUGAUCGAGCAAUUUAUAAUGCAUUUCAUGGAAGACCCGGUGCUUUCGGAUGCCGUAAACUCACUUGAUGCGUUGCAUAAAAGGCGUUAUGUGGAAAAGCUUCAGUUUAUCCAUUCGCCAGAUCCAUAUUUGAUCCCUAAAUCGAUGUUUUUCGACCCGCUGUCUCCGCCGUAUUUGCCUGACAUCUGCUAGCUACCCUGAACUGUACAACUACCUUGUCCACACAAAAUCAGCCUAUUCUCACGAAAGUUUGAAAAACUUUAAGAGCUUGGAGGCUUAUAAAUACUUCGUUGCUGGUUGGGUGAAACAGGUCCUCGUCCACGAAAAUUUGGCAGGAAUCUAUCUUGUGCUUGGAAAGAUGAGUUACGAAAUUUUCAAUUCAAAAUCUUUUGUUAUUGCUAACAUCCACUGUCAAGUCUAAUGUAUUUCAUGUCGUUUGUCAAUGGAGUUAGGGCUUUUAAUGUUUAUAUGGUUUAGCGAUAGCACUCUCACUACAUACAUACGUGUAUGUUGUCGGCGAUUAGCCUAGCAAUGAUCUUAAUUGUGGUUGUCAGCCCAAAACCCUCUAAAUAUAUAUUAAAUGCAUCUUACCAGAUAUAAAAUGACUACUACAUAAUCUGUGGUAAUCGUUUGGAGCCCAGUUUUCUCGUCGAAUUGCAGCAGCCCAUCUCGCUCUCUUCUCUCCGGGUCUCUCGGAAUCCGGUAGAACUUCAAGUCUCUCCGUCUUUCUUCUCUGUUAUUGCAACCGACCGCCACACACGCCUUCACCAUUUUGAUUAUUAAUGUUAACGAGCAGAAAAACACGUCGUAAAUAGGAGGAAUGUACGUAGCCGUAACAGGGAAACAUGAUGUGUUGACGGACAAUUGGGCGGCACCAGUCAGGAGGAAGGAGUUGUGACGUCACGUGGGUAGGGUCUAUUGCUAUGUAAGUUAGCAAUUGUUCUUUUGUUGUACAUAGAUCCAAAUUUUUUUUUUUUAUACCGUUUGAGGCUCAGCUCAGGUAUUUUAAGUUUUCAUGUUCCUUAUCCGAUUACUCGAUUAUUUGAACUAUCUAGUUCAUCGAUUAAUCGACUACUAAAAUAAUUGAUAGCUGCAGCCCAACAGUCGACUAUAAUUUUACAGUGAAAAUCAUCAUUUUAAUCCCCACCUGAUUCAUUUAUUCUGAAACUGGAAAGAUCCUUGGCUUAAAUAUGUAUUUUCUUGACUUAAUUUCCUGCUGUUGUGGGACUAGUCCUGUAAUUCUCAUCUUCACCCCCUUGACCUACAUUUGAGCUCACAGGCUACCUUUCUUACUCUGCUGCACGUGAUAAAGUGUAGAAAAGGGUGAUGAUAAUAGUUUUUUGUUGUUUUUUUCCAAUCCUUCAAAGAAAAGUGUUAAAACUUCUUUGUGACAAGAUUGUAGUUGUAUAAUUCAUCCAUUUCAAGACUAUACUGUAGAUUCUUCCAACAUCAUAGUCUCACAAUUUAAUUUUAUUUUUAUUUUUUUUUAUAUGAUGUACAAAUUUAACACAAUAAGUCACAUUUUACCCAAAGCAAUAAAAACUACCUAGUAGUUUUGAUGCUUUUGACAAUUUUUUUUUUUUUCCCAAAACAUUUGUUAAAAAGCGGAGUGUAAAACGUUCUUUUUCAUAAGACGGUCUGUCUGAAAGAUCAUAAUGUUUCACCUUGUUCAUCAAUUCAAUUGGACCAUUGGUUAAUGCAUCGAUCUGAUUGAUGAACUGUUACACCAUUUUCAUGAGAUUAUCUGAAAUUGAUUCUUUAGACAACGAUGCGACAUUUGCCAUUAUUGACUCAGACGUAAAAUUUGAUAGCCAUCUAAAGUCCGUCACUAAAUCUGGUUAUUACCACCUAAAAAAUAUAGCCAGAAUUAAGGGGCUUCGGACUCAACAAGACAUGGAAAAACUUGCAUGCAUUCAUUUUCAGCAGAUUGGACUAUUGCAACGGUAUAUUUACUAGAGCUGUCCCGACUAGUCAACAUUGUUGACGUCAUCGAUGACGUAAAUCCGUCGACGAGCACAACAUCCCGUCGACGGUUAAUGAAGGGUUAAAAAAAUAUAUGCGUGGAAAGUUCAGAAUGUCAGACGCUUGGUAUGCAAGCGGGGAAAUCGGCACAAAGCCAAAAAAGCGCACCAGAGUCCAAAACAUUGACUUAUUUUUAAAGAAACAAAGGAGGGUACACUGUUGUGUCCUGUCUCUUCAAUGCCAAGCUUGGCUGCACGUCAGCCGUGAAUGAUAACGACAGGAGAUUGUAAGUCCAUCUAACUAACUAAUGAUAUGUUUUAUUGAAGUUAAGCCUGUCGCUAUAUGCAAUGAUUCCAUUUAUUGCAUGGUAAAUAAAAAUGAGGGCGGUCAUUUUCUCGGGUGCGUUUUAUCGCUGCGCGCGCGUGCGUGCAUACAGUUGUGCGUGCGUGCUGAUAGCAUAUGAGACUCCAGUUCUUUUCUGUCAUCAACACGCUGUAGAAUUAAAGUUCAGACAUACAAAAUAAGAAAACACAUCUAUAUUAAACACUAUAUACGUUAGCAAUGCUACAUUAAGGUGAAUGGGGAAAAAGACGACCUACUUUAGAACCUACUAGAAAACAGGCAGCCUUGUCCCAAACUUGUAGUUAAAAGGUGACACUUCAAACAUGAAAAAUCGCUGGUUAACAGCAUUUGCAAAAGGAAAAAAAAUCUAUUACUGACAACACAUGCAAUGACAAAAAGUGUCUUUUUGCGGAAUGUAAAGCAUAAGUUAGCGAUUUAGCAAGCGUACUUCCCGUGAACAUUUCAAAAUAAAUAACAUAUAAAUAACAAUUUCUGGAGUUAAUCCUACAUACUUCAGAUUCUACACUAAGAAUACCUUUAAAAUGACACUCUUUAUGAAAAGUCUGAUUGGCAAUGAAUAAUUAUUAUAAUACUAUUAUAUAUAGUACUACAGUAUACUAUAAUAUUAAUGCUAGGUAUUUUUUUAAGAAUUGUUUUGAAUCAUGUUGGAAAGGUGAAGUCAGUGUUCUGAAUCUGUUUACAUUCCAUUCUUCUGCACAAGUUAAUUUUAUCAGCAUUUGAACUCAUUGUUUGUGAUUUAUUAUUGUUAUUCAUCUGUUUUUUUUGUACUUUAACAAAGAAUUUAAGUGUUCCAAAAUGGUUUUGUGAAUUGAUAAGCGUCAACAAAAAUUUCAUUGCUAAAUUAGUAAAAAAAAAAAAAAUAAUAAAUUAAAAUUAAAUUAAAAGAUUAGUCGACUAAUCGUAAAACUAGUCAGCUGAUUAAUCGGGAGAAAAUUAGUCGUUUAGGACAGCCCUAAUAUUUACAGGUCUUGAUAAAAAAACAGUCAGGAAGCUGCAGCUAGUACAGAAUGCUGAAGCCAGAGUCCUGACAAAUACAAGGACAUUGGACCACAUUACACUGGUUUUGAAAUCGCUACAGUGGCUUCCAGUGAGUCAAAGGAGAGACUAUAAAAUACUACUGUUCGUCUACAAAACACUUAAUGGCCUUGUACCAAACACAUGCUUGAUUUGUUAGAUUCCUAUGAAACAUCUAGACCCCUAAGGUCGUCUGGAAUUGGUCUCCUGUAUGUUCCAAGAACAAGAACCAAGCAGGGUGGGGCAGUAUUUAGGUAUUAUGAUCCUCACCUCUGGAACAAGUUACAUGAAGGUCUGAAGUAUGCUCAAACUGUUAGCUCCUUUAAAUCAGGGCUAAAAACGAUUUUGUUUCGCACUGCAUAUCCAUAACUGUCUAUAUAUUUCAAUCUAUUUGCUUUCUAUUCCUCUUGUGCUUAUCUCCAUUGCUGAUUUCAAUUAAUAGCAGUAGUAGUAGAAGUAUUUGUUUUAUUUUUCAUUUAUUUUUUAUUCUAUUCGUGAUUAAAUGCGAUUUUUAUGUAUAAUUUUAUUUCCUAUUUCGAUUGUCUUUGUUUUUAUGAUCUAUUGAUUUUAAUGUGAUUUUUAUGAUCUUCAUGUGAUGUAACGCACUUUGAAUUGCCUUAUGUUGAAUUGUGCUAUAUAAAUAAAUUUGCCUUGGCUUGCC